AUGGCGUUUAUCAGUUGCACCGGGACAAUCUCGUGGUUUUUCAUGCCCAUCUCCACCGCGACUAACGUUCGAAACGUGUCCUUCUCUAUGUACCGAAGGAUGUUCACGUCGAACUUCAUCGUAAAAGUAGUGUGUGUGAAAAGGGGUGGCGGCUCCUCUCGAGUAAAAGAUUGA